AUGUCCCUAGUUCCUUUUGAGCCAAAUAAACAAGAUGUGCUUAAUGAUUUUAAGGAUGAUUCGUAUUUCCCUGUACCAAAAGAAACUGAUACAAUGCAAGAUAUUACAGUUGAUAUUAAUUGCCAGGAUCAUAGAGAAAUAUUAGAUGAUUUUGAGCCUUUUAAUAGUGAUGGAUAUCAGAAUAUAGGUGACUUUGAAAGAGAGGUUGCAGUUGAAGAAGAACAGAAUGAAGAAGAUGAACAAGGGCAUGCAGAAGAUUCAAAAGAUGAUUCAAAAGAACAUACAGAAGAAGAGGAUGAGUCUUACUACAUUGUUGACCCAGAAGCUAUUUUAGAUGACUAG